UCAAAUAAUAUUUCUGACAAACCAGCUCCGAUCCCUGAUGUUUUCAGACCUGAUGGGCAGACGAUCUGAUAUGUAUUUGAGUCCGUAAUACAUAAAAAAAAAGGCGUCAAACUUAGUGAGCUUUAAUUGAAAGAAUCGAAGCGCGACGUAGAAGUGUAUUCAAUGGGUAGUGGCCAUAUUGGAGGCGUCGAACAGCUGUGCUUGGCUCUCUGGCUCCGAAUGUGAAAGGCGAGGUGUAUGACAUGCGGCAGUAUCCGAGCAUUCUACCAUUUUACGCGUGUGAAAUACCCGCGUCAAAGAUCACACGGGAUCGGCUUUCGUCUCGUUCUGCCAGCCGGCCUCCAGUGAAUUAGGAAAAUUGUUAAAGUUCCAGUCUGGCCGAUGUCCGGCAUGGGUUUUAAUUACAUCGUAAUUAUCUUCGUUCUCGCUUCGGUACCGCCGGAAAUUCUUGCCGAUAAUUACACGAACAUCAAUCUGCCCGAUGAUCAGCUCAAGUUUUACUUCAAUUCAUUCCCGUCGAUGACCGAAAAGUGUCGAAACGAUCCGGACUGUCCUUAUAAGGAGCACCUGGACAGCAAAGCGUGCUGGGGAUACGAGGACAACUGCAAGCCGGAAAACGCUUACUCGAUACCAAAAUGUCCGGGAGAUCACAAGGGUUGGGUAGCCACAAAACAGGCCCAACUUGACACGUUUUAUACACAGGGUGAUUUCGGCUAUGUCCGGGAUCAAAAAAGGGAGAUGAGGAUAUUAUGCGAACCUCUUUUUCUCGACGAUUCAUCGCUCGAGUGUUCGAAUCACAUGAGAUUCUGCAGAGGCCGAAAUAUUAUGAUCAAUUUCACUGAUCUCGCUAGUCGAAGGGAUCCGAUAAGAUACAAGAUGGACGUUUUGAAAGAAGGUCAAAUCGGUGGCUAUUGCACAUUAAACGAAGGUAGACUCAAGGAAAAUGCAGACCAUAUCAGUCCCUUGCAGUCGUGGGGACCAGAAAUUCGAAACUUUAGAAAACUGGCUAGACGUCCAAUACCGGAAGGGGAUUGUGACGUGGUUAUUGAAAAACCGACAUUUCUCAUGAAAAUUGACGCCACAGUUAACAUGUACCACCACUUCUGUGACUUUUUCAACCUCUACGCAUCCCUUCACGUCAAUUUAUCGCAUCCGUCAACUUUUGAUACUGACAAUCAUAUUUUGAUAUGGGAGAGUUAUAGUUAUCAAUCAGCGUUUGAAGAUACUUUUGCUGCAUUUACCAGCAAUCCGUUAUGGGAUUUAAAGACCUUUCGAGGGGAAACAGUCUGCUUCAAGAAUAUAAUAUUUCCGAUGUUACCACGAAUGAUUUUCGGACUCUACUACAACACGCCAUUGAUUUACGGAUGUGAAAAAAGCGGUCUUUUCAAAGCGUUCAGCGACCACGUUCUGCACAGAUUGAAUGUACAGAGGCGUGAGAAAAAAAAUUCGAAUAUUCGAGUCACGCUUCUGAGCAGAGACACACAGUACAGGAGAAUACUCAACGAGGAUGAUCUUGUUGAGGCUUUGAAAAGGAAUCCCAACUAUAAAGUUAGAAAGGUAACUUACAACAAGAAUUUGUCAUUCAAAAAUCAACUACGGAUAACAAGGAACACUGAUAUUUUCAUCGGAAUACACGGUGCUGGGCUUACACAUCUGAUGUUUCUGCCAGAGUGGGCUGCAGUUUUUGAAAUAUACAAUUGUGAAGACCCAAGCUGCUACAAAGAUCUUGCUAGAUUAAGAGGUGUGAAGUACUUGACAUGGGAAAAUCUGGAAAAGUUGGUUCAAGAAGAUCCUGGAACACAUCCGGAUGGCGGAGCUCAUGCAAAGUUUACAAAUUACAGUUUUGAUGUCGAGGAAUUUCUGCGACUCGUAACUGUUGCAGAAAAGCAUGUUAAAAAUCAUAAAGCGUUCAAAGAUUUCAUCAAACAAUCAUCAAAAAAAAAUAUUACCUCUUACAAAAAUGUGCCCAAAGACGAGUUAUAAAAAAAAAAAAAAAUUAGAUCAAACCUGGUCAA